AAAAAGAUUAUUUGGAAGCACAACAUGCUGCUUGUGAUAACCUUUAAAGAGCAGGUGUGUUUUUUCUUCUGCUUCAUUUCGUAAGUGGAUUUGCAUAGGGCGGAGUUUUUUGCAAGGCUUAUUCUAAAGUCCUCCCGACAAUCUGUUAGUUGACAUUUGUAGAAGAAAGCAAGAAUGCAUCCCAUAUUUGAUUUCCUCUGGUUUUCAGUCUUUGCAAUCUAUUGCUAUAUUGAAGCUUUGGUGAAAUUUUUUAUUCCUGUGAAGAGGAAAUCUGUGGCAGGUGAAAUUGUCCUUAUCACUGGAGCUGCCAGCGGCAUCGGAAAAUUAACAGCCUUUGAAUUUGCCAAACGUGGAAGCCGAUUGGUUCUCUGGGACAUAAACAAGCCUGGCAUACAGGAAACAGCUGAAGAAUGCAGAAAGCUGGGAGUUGAAGCAUAUCCUUAUGUGGUGGACUGCAGUUUGAGAGACGAAAUCUACACUGCGGCUGAGAAAGUUAAAAAAGAUGUUGGAGAUGUUACUAUUUUAAUAAAUAAUGCCGGUAUGGUAGUAACAGGAGAUCUGCUUUCGACUCCAGACACGCAAAUACAAAAAAUGUAUGAAAUCAACAUCCUAGCUCAUUACUGGACAAUAAAAGCUUUCCUGCCAGCUAUGAUGAAAAAGAACCAUGGUCAUAUUGUCACUGUUGCAUCAGCUGGUGCGCUUGUGCCGGUUCCUUUUCUAUUGCCUUAUUGCUCAAGCAAGUCUGCCGCUUUAGGGCUUCACAAAGACUUCACCAAAGAAUUGUCUGCUUUGGGAAAAGAUGGGAUCAAGACUACCUGCUUGUGUCCAUUUUUUGUAAACACGGGGUUUGUAAAAAACCCACAAUCAAGAAUAAUACCUAUUCUGAGACCUGAGGCAGUUGCAAGGAGGCUCAUGGAUGGGAUACUCUGCAAUCAAAACAAGAUUGUUAUGCCAUUCUCCGUUACAAUGUGCCCUUGGAUGGAAAUAAUUCUUCCUGAGCGUGCAUUGAUGGCUUUGGAAAAGAUUCUGGAUAUCAGUUUUGAUGUGAAGAAACAAGAAUGACCCAAAGUAUCAAAUCUUCCCAAGCUUUCCAAAUUUUAGGUUAUGUGAAAUCACAUUUCUAAUAUCAUUGUUUAAUACUCCUUACGUAACCUGCAAAAGAAAUUCCAACCACUAUUCUUCACAAAUUUAUAUUAAAAUAACUUUUUCAAGU